CCCGACGACAGGAGGACCACUGGGAUCUGUACCCCAACACCGUCGCCCGUGUAUGCUAUCGUACGACGUCCGGGAUUAGCCACGUCGCCGUCUUCCCUUCUGUUCUUCUCCCAAUCCCCUCCCUCCUCGUCUCCGUCUCAUCUCCGACCUCUCCCCCGGCCGCGCCCCCACCGGAGCCCCACGCGCCCCGAUGGCCGACCGCGCGCCGCCUUCGCCCGCCGGGAUCGACCCGCGGAGCGGCUUCUGCGCGGCCACGCGGACCUUCCACAGCACCCGCUCGGCCGGCGAGCUGCCGCCGGAGUCGCUGCCGAUGACGGCGGCCGCCCACGCCUUCUCCCUCGUCUCGUCCCCGCUCCCCGACCGCCCCGCGCUCGUCGACGCCGCCACCGGCAUUGCCGUCUCCUACCCGUCCUUCCUCGCCGCCGUCCGCGCCCUCGCCUGCGGCCUGUGGUCCUCCCUCGGCCUCCGCCCCGGGGACGUCGCGCUCGUCGUCGCCCCCUCCAGGCUGGAUGUCCCCGUGCUCUACUUCGCGCUCAUGUCGAUCGGCGCCGUCGUGUCGCCUGCCAACCCGGUGUCGACGGCCGAGGAGUAUGCGCACCAGGUGGAGCUGUCCAGGCCGGUCGUCGCGUUCGCGGUGGCCGAGGUGGCCGCGAAGCUGCCCGGCCAUGUGAGGUGCGUUGUUAUUGGGUCGGGUGAGUAUAAGAGGCUGGGCACCGACGGCCGCCAGGCGGCGCCUCCGGCGGUGGCGGUGAGGCAGUCGGAUACGGCGGCCGUGCUGUACUCGUCGGGCACGACCGGGCGGGUGAAGGCCGUCGCGAUCACGCACCGCAACCUCAUCUCGCUGGUCGCCAUGCACGCCGACAACCGGGAGAAGGUGGCGAGGGAGGCCGCCGAGGCGGGCGAUGAGCCACCCCCGCCGGCGGUGACGCUGAUACCCAUCCCGCUGUUCCACGUGUUCGGGUUCAUGAUGGCGCUGCGGUCCGUCGCCAUGGGGGAGACGGCCGUACUCAUGGAACGGUACGACUUCAUCGCCGCGCUGCGCGCCAUCGAGCGAUACCGCGUGACGCUGCUGCCCGCGGCGCCGCCUGUGCUCGUCGCCAUGGUCAAGUACGAGGAGGCGCGCCGGCGUGACCUAUCCUCACUGCUCGUCAUCGGCAUCGGCGGCGCUCCCCUCGGCCGGGAGGUUGCCGAGCAAUUCGCUGCCGUCUUCCCUAACGUGGAGAUAGUUCAGGGCUAUGGUUUGACCGAGUCGUCUGGCGCUGUGGCCGCCACAGUCGGGCCGGAGGAGUCGAAGAUGUACGGGUCAGUCGGGAAGCUGGCUUCGCAUUUGCAGGCUAAGAUAGUAGACCCCUCCACCGGUGAGGAGCUCGGACCAGGGCAGCGCGGUGAGCUUUGGGUCAGAGGCCCAAUCGUCAUGAAAGGUUAUGUGGGUGAUGAUGAGGCGACUGCAGCAACGGUUGAUUCAGAAGGCUGGUUGAAAACAGGUGACCUCUGCUACUUCAAUGAAGAUGGUUUUCUAUACAUCGUGGAUCGAUUGAAGGAGUUGAUAAAGUACAAGGGAUACCAGGUACCUCCAGCUGAACUGGAGCAUAUUCUGCAGUCCCAUCCUGAAAUCGUUGAUGCGGCAGUUAUCCCAUAUCCAGACGAAGAAGCUGGGCAACUACCAAUGGCUUUCAUAGUAAGGCAGCCGAAUUCAAAUAUUACAAAGGAACAAGUCAUGGAUUAUGUCGCAAAACAUGUUGCGCCAUACAAGAAGGUGCGACGUGUGGCUUUUGUCCCUACAAUAACAAAAUCGCCUGCAGGGAAGAUCCUUCGGCGGGAGCUUGUGCAACAGGCCCUGUCCAUGGGUGCCUCCAAGCUUUGAGAAAUGCAAUUUGCUGCGGUAGUAUAGUAGGGAAUAUUUUGUGUACAUAGUGAACUGGAGAUAGUGCAUAUGACCUAUGCUUUACCCAUUGAAGACUCCUUUGGAAGGAUGAAUUUUCUGGAAAUUUUGGAGGAAAUGAACUAAUUUUAUAUCAGUGUUAGCUGACCAUUCGACCUCCAGAUGUCCAUCUUGUUUCCUGUUUCCAUGUCAACACUCGAUACCGGAUAUUUUCCGCUUGGAUUUGCAUAUAUGCGAGUAAAAAAAAAAAGAAAUAGUGCAAUCUGAUGCCCAUUUCCCAGCCGAAUUUCUGCUUUCACUGUAAAAGAAACAUUCUAUGUUGAAUGUAAUUAGACACUAGAAUCUGGAAUAUGUUGUUUUGGUCUGAAGUAGGUAGCAU